GGCUUUCUAGCAAAGCACAUGGAGCAGCUUUGGGGUACAUUUGGAAAAGACAACAGUUGGGCAUGCCAAGCAUUGGCACUGGUUCUGGCAGUUGGGACAACUCCUACCACACCAACGGGAAAUGGCUCUGAUGAACCAGCAAGAAGUUUACAUGAAGUGUCAUCAUUACUAGGAUCCAUGCAUCUCAUGACUCCUUUGGCAGCAGCAGCAGUGAUGCAGUCGCUACUGGCAAACUUUGGGGGUUUUCUGCCACCAGCAUUGCUGAAACUGUGCUGCACUCAGUUUUCCUUGUGCUAUGAACUGCCCUUGGUGCAGUUGAUGCUAACUAUGCAGGGCGAGUUCUGUAAGGAGGACUGGUGGCAAGCGCUACGAUUGGAAGUCAUUCAGCGGCUUGCAGAUGGUUUGCACUACCCUGAGAGCCAGCAAGCCUUGAAAAUUUCGUGGCUGGGAUCGGCGUUGUCACAAGUGGCUGGCCACCAGCCCAAUGCUUCUCGGCGCCUGCUGCCCGUACCACGAGAUAAUGUUACGCAACAGGGCCUGCGGCUCCAAGCUACAUUAACAGCUGGCUUUGAUAUCUGGGGAGGACCUGAAAAAAUGCUAGAUGCUGUGAUACCUUAUCUGCGCGUUCUCAAGAGGCAUGUUUGUUUAGCACCUGGACCUUUUGGCGUCCACUUACUAUUUUAUCUGCUGUAUCGGCUGUAUGCUGACUUGAGAAGUACUACCGUUGGGGCGUUGUUGACUGAAGAAAUUACACGUCUAGUCAUCAACAUCGCUAUGCUGGGACCAUUGUAUUGCCGCAACCUACUGAAUUUUCUCAAGUGCAUCGAGACUCGCUUUCCUGAAAGUUCCCUGAGCCAAGUAGUACUAAUGGAAGCUGUGGAUAUGGUUACUGAACGAAACUGGGAGGGCUGUGUCCAGGACAGCGCUGUGGAAAGCUGCCUGCUUGUAUUUACAGCAGCUGUGCAGAAACCAGGCAAUUUGUGCCAGCCAAAG